CACUACGAAUGCAGAUGUGACGUCAUUGCCCAGCAUCUGACACCUCCCGAUCCAGAAGAGUCCAGCAGGGCGAGUGCUCGCUAGGUGGCAAGUAUGACGUCCAGGACCACGGAGAAGUAAAUUUCAUUUUUUUGCCAGAUACUUUCGUUGACAGACUGAGUGCACUAGGGGGAAGAGUUCGGAGAAGGUAAACGCACUCGGUGGGGUGCGGUCGGACACCGUUUGUAACUCACGGGCACUCCCUCCCUCGGCCAGCGGUAGCAUCGAGCUGGUGUUGAGACUCAUCUCAUCCCGUCCCAUCCCAGAUCCUUCCGAAGAUGGCGGACCCGGCGGAGUGCACCAUCAAAGUGAUGUGCCGCUUCAGGCCGCUGAACAAUUCGGAGGUUGAACGUGGCGAUCAGUACAUCCCCAAGUUUCAAGGGGAAGAAAAUGUGGUUAUUGCGGGUAAGCCCUAUGUGUUUGAUCGCGUGUUCGCGUCCAACACUACCCAGGAGCAGGUCUACAAUGCCUGUGCUCAGAAAAUCGUCAAAGAUGUGCUGGAGGGUUACAACGGCACCAUCUUUGCCUACGGACAGACUUCCUCUGGCAAGACACACACCAUGGAGGGUAACCUACAUGAUCCAGAUAACAUGGGCAUCAUUCCCAGGAUAGUGCAAGACAUCUUCAACUACAUCUACUCCAUGGACGAAAACCUGGAGUUUCAUAUCAAGGUGUCAUAUUUUGAGAUCUACCUGGAUAAGAUCAGAGAUCUGCUGGAUGUCUCAAAAACGAAUCUAUCCGUACAUGAGGAUAAAAACAGGGUUCCCUAUGUCAAGGGCUGCACUGAACGGUUCGUAUGUAGCCCAGAGGAGGUGAUGGACACCAUCGACGAAGGAAAGUCCAACAGACACGUGGCCGUUACAAACAUGAACGAGCACAGCUCCAGAAGUCACAGCAUCUUCCUCAUCAACGUGAAGCAGGAGAACACUCAGACGGAGCAGAAGCUCAGCGGAAAACUAUACCUGGUGGAUCUGGCUGGUAGUGAGAAGGUAGGGAAGACGGGAGCUGAGGGUGCCGUGCUGGAGGAGGCGAAGAACAUCAACAAGUCCCUGUCAGCUCUGGGCAACGUCAUCUCAGCACUCGCAGAGAGCACGACCUAUGUGCCGUACAGAGACAGUAAGAUGACCCGUAUCCUCCAGGACUCCCUGGGAGGGAACUGCAGGACCACCAUCGUCAUCUGCUGCUCCCCAUCAUCCUACAACGAGUCCGAGACCAAGUCCACACUCCUGUUCGGACAGAGAGCAAAGACCAUCAAGAACACGGUGUGUGUCAACGUGGAGCUGACCGCAGAGCAGUGGAAGAAGAAGUAUGAAAGAGAGAAGGAGAGGAACAAGACCCUCCGCAGCACCAUCACCUGGCUAGAGAACGAGCUCAACCGCUGGAGAAACGGUGAGACAGUGCCACAGGACGAGCAGUACGAUAAGGAGAAGGCCUCGGAGGCGCUGGCGGUGAUGGAGCAGCAGGCGGCAGGGGAGAAGAUUGCCUCCACCCCCAACCUGCCAGCAGGGGGCAGGCUCACCGACGUGGAGAAGGAGAAGUGCGAGGUUGAGCUCGCCAAGCUCUACAAGCAACUGGACGACAAGGAUGAUGAGAUUAACCAGCAGUCUCAGUUGGCAGAGAAACUCAAGCAGCAGAUGCUCGAACAGGAGGAGCUGCUGGCGUCGUCGCGUCGUGACCACGAGGGCCUGCAGGUGGAGCUGUCUCGUCUGCAGCAGGAGAAUGAGGCGUCUAAGGAGGAGGUGAAGGAGGUGCUGCAGGCCCUGGAGGAGCUGGCCGUCAACUACGACCAGAAGAGCCAGGAGGUGGAGGACAAGAGCCGGGAGUUCGACACCAUCAGCGAGGAGCUCAGCCAGAAAGCUAGUGUGCUGGCGUCCCUGGAUACGGAGCUGCAGAAGCUGAAGGAGAUGACCAAUCACCAGAGGAAGAGGGUGACUGAGAUGAUGUCAUCACUCCUCAAGGACCUGGCCGAGAUCGGGGUUACCGUGGGCAGCAACGACGUCAAGCAGCCAGAGGGUAGCGGUAUGAUCGAUGAGGAGUUCACGGUGGCACGUCUCUUCAUCAGCAAGCUCAAGUCGGAGGUGAAGACACUGGUGAAGAGAAAGAAGGAGCUGGAGAGCAGCCAAUCAGAGAGCACCCAGAAGAUGGACGAGAACGAGAAGGAGCUGGCCGGCUGCCAGCUGCGCAUCUCCCAGCAUGAGGCUAAGAUCAAGUCUCUGACGGAGUACCUCCAGAACGUGGAGCAGAAGAAGAGGCAGCUGGAGGAGAAUGUGGACUCACUCAACGAGGAGCUUGUCAAGAUCAGCGCACAGGAGAAAGUCCAUGCCAUGGAGAAGGAGAAUGAGAUCCAGUCAGCCAAUGAGGUUAAGGAGGCUGUGGAGAAGCAGAUUCAGGGCCACAGGGAGGCCCACCAGAAACAGAUCAGCAGCCUGAGAGACGAACUGGACACCAAGGAGAAACUCAUCACAGAACUACAGGAUCUGAACCAGAAGAUCAUGUUGGAGCAGGAGCGGCUGAGAGUGGAGCACGAGAAGCUGAAGUCCACCGACCAGGAGAAGAGCCGCAAGCUACACGAGCUCACGGUGAUGCAGGACAGAAGGGAGCAAGCCAGGCAGGACCUGAAGGGAUUGGAGGAGACAGUGGCCAAGGAGCUGCAGACCCUGCACAACCUCAGGAAGCUGUUUGUGCAAGAUCUGGCCACACGCGUUAAGAAGAGUGCCGAGAUGGACUCGGACGACACCGGCGGCAGCGCUGCUCAGAAGCAGAAGAUCUCUUUCCUGGAGAACAAUCUAGAACAGCUGACCAAAGUCCACAAACAGCUGGUGCGUGACAACGCGGACCUACGUUGCGAGCUGCCCAAGCUGGAGAAGCGUCUGCGUGCGACGGCGGAGCGCGUGAAGGCCCUGGAGACGGCCCUGAAGGAGGCCAAAGAGAACGCGGCGCGCGACCGCAAGAGAUACCAGACCGAAGUGGACCGCAUCAAGGAGGCCGUCCGGGCCAAGAACAUGGCACGCCGGGGACACUCCGCACAGAUCGCCAAACCCAUCCGACCAGGCCAGCCCCCCGUGGCAUCCCCUACCCACCCUGGCGUAGUGCGGCCUGGGGGAGGAAUCUUCCAGAACAACCAGUCCAUGGGCAUCCGUGGAGGAGGAGUCAAGCAGGACAAGAACUCCAGCUGAAGAGGAGGCAGAUGGCAGUAGAGAAAUGGCUUGUGUCAGACACACUGGACUUCGUGUGGGUGUGCGUGCGUGCGUGCGAGCGCGUCUGUGUGUGAGUGCACGUGUGUGUGUGCGAAAGAGCGCGCGAGAGAACGAUGAGACAUGAAGGACUCAUGUACAAAAACACUGAUUUGACCUAUAUUGUAUGUACAGUCUAAUGUAUGUACGGUAUGUGCGUAUGUACUGUACAUGUGUACGUAUGUAUGUAUGUACGUAUGUAUGUAUGUAUGCAUGUACAUACCCAAGGUCCCACCCCCUCACUCCAACUUAUUUAAAACACACUUAGAAACGCCACUACCACACAGGGAUACACUGCCCGCAAGUGUGUGCGUAUGGUGUGUGCGAGAAUGCGUGUGUAUGAGCACGAGAGCGUGUGUGUGUGCGUGCAUGGAAUUGCAUGGCUGAGUCCCAUGGGAUGUAUGGGUCUAGUAUGCGAACGUGUGCGUGUGUGUGUGUUUACGUGCAAGAACCUGCAUGGCUGUUGCCUGUUUUUAUGGGCGUAGCAAGUGUGUGAUUGUGUGAGAGCGACAGAAUGCGUGGAUGUGUGUAUCGGGUAGAUGGUAGCACUUUACUUUAGGGUUCACCUGUUGGCAACUAAUACAUGCCUAACUAUCUACAUGAUUUAUAAGACGCAUGAUGGGCAAAAUCAACCAAUUAUUAGGCGCAUAUCCACAAAUUUCUUAUUAUGGUCCAAAAAGGCCUUUAUUAUCGAUAUGAUCGCAAUAAGGACCUAGUAGGCCCUUGAUUUUGCCUAAAACAUGUUUUAUAAAGUCACUCAUACAGACAUUAAUUUGGCAUGUGUUGGUGGCCAACAUGUAAACAUCUAAAAUAAAGUGUUACUGUGAAUAUUUGUCCUUCUGCACAGUCCUAAAUGUCUGCACCAAGCCAAACUGAAUGUACAUAAAUUUAUCUUUAAAAAAAGAGAAAAAUGUAAAGAAAAAAAAGAAGAGAUUAAUAAUGAGAAGAAUCAGAGAAAGAGAAUACAAGAUAAACGAUAAAAGAAGAAGAAAAAACCCUACAAAACAAAAAAAACGUUAGUGAAAUCUCAUGUAGAGGCUUCCUCCUGGUUCAGUGUACUGUGUUCUCUCUCUCUUUCUCUCCGUCUCUCUCUGUCACUCCUCCCCCCUUUCUUUUUUUUUUUCCUCCGUCUGUUUCAAAAACAGGGUUUGCUCCUGAAGGGGGGGAGAAGAACAUACAAGCAUCACCACCACACGUUAUGCAUAGUCGUUACACACAAACACACACACACACGCGCGCACACACACACACACAAGUAGAUGUGUUGCACUAGAGAAUGUCACCAGAUGAUGGAAACGUAGUCACAUGCACACACACUCACACAAACACACAAACACAUCAUCGACAUUGAUGAGUCAUGAACACACACCCACACACCUGAUCGUCACAAACACACACCCCAGAGGUGUGCAAACACGCACCUGCGCUUGAAAUGCCGUUUUUGUGUGUGUCUGUCUGGUUUCUAUAAGGUGUGUGUGUGUGCGCGUGUGCGUGCGUGUAUAUCUUUGUUGAGGGGAAAAUGAGAGAAAGCGUUUUACACUUGAUCAUUUCCCUACUUAGUUUUUUUUCUCCCUUCUUCCUUAUGUGCGUCUGCCCCGCCCCUCCUGUCAUUUUUUGACCAAUAGCAUUGCAUGCAUUGUCUCAUGCCGGCCUUUCGUUGGGCUGAUGAGAUGGGACUGGCUUUUUAAAAAAAAAAUGGCAUGUCAGAAUCGGUAGUGGUCUUUUUUUUGCGUUUUCUCUCCUGAUGAUUUUUGGCCCUCCCGAGCUGCCAUAGGUUAGUUAUUUAUUACCAUGUGAUUCUAGGUAGUAGCUGUGGGGAGUGUGAGUGUUUUAAUUUUUUUUUUACCUGCUUCAUGUUUUUUUUUUUUUAGGUUAUAAUUAUUGGAAUUACAGUUUUUUCUUUUCUUAUGUUCAACAUAAACUUAAUCAAAGUAGUGCUCCCUCCCUAUCUCUGCAUCUCUCCAGACGUGAAAGGAAGUGAGUGUGUGUGAGUGUGUAUGUGUGUAUGCGUGCGCAGGUGCAGAUGAGAUGGCAACUGCUGUAACAGAUGUGGUGUGAGGGAGAGAGCUUUGCUUUUAAAUCCAGUAAAACUGACAACACUACAACUGGCUCCUGGUAUCUGUGUGUUUGUGUGUGUGUGUGUGUGUGUGUGUGUGUGUAUGUGCGUUUGUGUGUGUUUGUUUGUGUGUGUGUGUGUUUGCGCGGGUGUGUGUGAUUGUGCACGGGCACAUGUGUGUUUCUUACUUUAAUUCUCCAGGACCGCUGUGUGAGUGUGACGAUGAAGCAGAGCAAAGAGAUCGAUCUUUGGAUAGAUUGAAGAAAUAUCCAUUUGGUGUACUGUAGGCUGGAAUUGAGUUAUAACCUUUAAAGAUGUAACAUGAAUAAAGUAUUGAUUAAAAAUCUCAAAAUUAA